GCCGUCAGCAGCCGACAGUGUUUUGCUGCCGCAUCAAAAGUUAUUUCGGAAGGCUGACCACAGCGGAGCACUUCUAGCAAAUCCAGCAGACAACAGGCGAACAGAACAGCCACAAGAUGCCACCUAAGAAGCACGAGGAGCCAGAGCGCAAGCCCCUGAUCGGACGCAUUGGCACCAAUCUGAGAAUCGGCAUCGUCGGCGUCCCCAAUGUGGGCAAGUCGACGUUCUUCAAUGUGCUGACCGAGAGCGCCGCCCCGGCGGAGAACUUCCCCUUUUGCACGAUCAAGCCGAAUGAGAGUCGCGUUCCGGUCCCCGACGAGCGCUUCGACUACCUCGUGGAGUACCACAAGCCGGCCAGCGUGGUGCCCGCUUACCUGAAUGUAGUGGACAUUGCCGGUCUGGUCAAGGGAGCAGCCGAAGGCCAGGGGCUGGGCAACGACUUCCUUUCGCACAUCAGCGCUUGCGAUGCCAUUUUCCAUUUAUGCCGUGCCUUCGAGGACCCCGACGUUACGCACGUAGAGGGCGAGGUUGACCCAGUGCGCGAUCUGGAGAUCAUCUCCGAGGAGCUGCGCCUCAAGGACGAGGAGAAGCUCCUGCAGAAUCUGGACAAGCUGGAGAAGAUGGUGGCCCGCGGUGGCGACAAGAAACUUAAGCCCGAGUACGACUCCAUGGUGAAGAUCAAGGAGAUAUUGAUCGACCAGAAGCGUCAUCUGCGCUUCGAGGACUGGAAUGCCCACGAUAUUGAGGCGCUCAACAAGUAUCUGUUCCUGACAUCGAAGCCGGUCAUCUACCUGGUGAACCUCUCCGACAAGGACUUCAUACGCAAGAAGAACAAGUGGCUGCCCAAGAUCAAGGAGUGGAUCGACAAGAACGAUCCAGGCGCCCUGCUCAUCCCCUUCUCGGGCGCCUUCGAGCAUCAGCUGAGCGAGAAAGAUGAGCUCGAACGCAAAGCCUACGAAACGGAGACCAAGUGCAAGAGUCAGCUGGACAAAAUCAUCAUCACCGGCUAUAAGGCACUGCAGCUUGAGUACUUCUUCACCGCCGGCCCCGACGAGGUCAAGGCCUGGACCAUCCAGAAGGGCACCAAGGCCCCGGCCGCCGCCGGCCGCAUUCAUACUGACUUCGAGAAGGGCUUCAUCAUGGCCGAGAUAAUGCACUUUGCUGACUUCAAGGCGGAAGGCAGCGAGGCUGCCGCAAAGGCUGCUGGCAAGUACCGUCAGCAAGGACGCAAUCACACCGUCGAAGACGGCGACAUCAUCUUCUUCAAGUUCAAUGCCGGCGCCGGUCUGAAGGACGCCAAGAAGAAAUGAUACCGCCUGGCCGCCCUCAUCGCCAUGUCCACCAUUCUGUAUAUUAAUUUGAUUUUAUACUCCCAGAUGUUUCACUUUGCCUGAGGCCACGCAAACCCGCUAAACCGAAUCCCCUCUCCUACACGCAUGAUCAUGCCUUAGAAUGAUGCAUUUUGAAUUUCUUUUGUACGCCACGUAAACACUUUGACACUCUCAA